AUGGCCGCUCCGACACGCCGCCUUGAAGCGUCGGACGAGGUCGCAGAGAAUAAUUCCAUGCCACUUCCACAGAUAAAUCAAAACGAGGAUGCUGUCUUAAUAGACUCUGCGGCACCGCUGCAGGAUAUUGUAGCAGUAACCCAAGAUCCAGAUACCGAGAUGCGAAUCGACGAGGAAGGUCGGCCUCUAUUCACCCCAAUACGAGCAACAGACGGCUCGUACCGCAUAGAAAAUCGGAAGGUCCCCGUGCCUCCGCAUCGUAUGAGCCCGCUAAAGGCCGCCUGGCCAAAGAUUUACCCCCCACUCGUUGAGCAUCUGAAGUUGCAAGUCCGAAUGAACAUCAAGAACAAGGCUAUUGAGUUACGGACUUCAAAACACACAACUGACGUCGGUGCAUUGCAAAAGGGGGAAGACUUCAUCAAGGCAUUUACCCUUGGGUUCGAUGUAGAUGAUGCCAUUGCGCUGCUAAGAUUGGACGAUUUGUAUAUUGAGACAUUUGAGAUAAAAGACGUCAAGACCUUGAAUGGUGAGCACCUGGGGCGAGCCGUGGGACGAAUAGCUGGAAAAGACGGGAAAACAAAGUUCGCAAUUGAAAAUGCGAGUAGAACUAGGGUCGUUCUCGCCGAUCAAAAAAUUCAUAUUCUUGGGGGCUUCCGCAAUAUUCGCAUUGCGAGAGAAGCCAUUGUUAGUUUGAUUUUGGGGAGCCCUCCUGUAAGUUCUUGGGGUCGUCGUACAUCUUCGUUUUAG